AUGAUUCUUCUAGCCGUGCUGCGGCUGUACGUUCUCUACACCACCCCGCGCGCGCAGCAGCGGGCGGUUGCGCCCGGGUGGCGCGGGGAGCGGGGGAUCGUGGCGGCUGCCGCGCUGGCGCUGACGUGUGCGGUGGUCCCGCUGAUGCAGCUGAGCGCUCGCGUGUCACUGAGCUCUUUCUCUACAGAUGCGGACCUGCCGCCUUACGAGGUUUGCUCCUUGAUCCUGGCGUUCCUUGCCUGGGCGCUCACUGCCACGGCGCUCUUCUGGGAGCGCAAGCGCAUGGCAGUGAAGGGCGCAUGGCUGCUGCGAUUCGCAGUGCUCUACGUGAUGGUGGGGCAGCUGGCGAAGCUGAGAUUCGUGCUCAUACUCCAGCAGGACUUCCAGGCUUUCUUUGUGGAGCUUUUCUUUGGCUACACAUCAGCUCAUGUCCUCCUGGGUCUGCUCGCCCUCUUCUUCUUCCCCAACCUGCUCCCGCUUGAGCAUGCCUCGUCGGGAUUCUCCUCCUCCGCCCUCGCAGCCGCAGAGGCAGCAGCGCCACUCCUGCCACCUGCAGCAGCAGCAUCAGCGGCAGCAGGGGAAGGGGGGAGAGGUGGUGCGGAGUAUGUGCCUUUGGCUGCAGGAGAAACAGCGGAAGAGGAGGGAGGAGACAAUCAGGGGCAGGUGUGCCCUGAAGACCACACGAGUUUCAUCAACCGUCUGACGUUUGGGUGGAUGACGCCUCUCAUGGCUUUGGGGUACCAGCGCCCGUUGGAGGACAGCGAUGUGUGGUGCCUGAACGAUGGCGACCGCACUGCCACGGUGUAUGGCAGGUUUGAGUGCGCUUGGAGGGAGGAGAAGGGGCGCCCCAAGCCGUGGCUGCUGCGUGCCCUGCACUCCUGCUUUGGCCGCAGGUUCUGGUGGGGUGGUUUCUUCAAGAUCGGCAACGAUGCGUCUCAGUUUGUGGGCCCGCUGAUGCUCAGCCGGCUGCUGUCAGCCAUGCAAUCGGGCGAGCCUGCCUGGCACGGCUACAUCUAUGCCAGCAUCAUCUUUCUCGGGCUGGUGGGAGGGGUGAUCUGUGAGGCGCAGUACUUCCAGAGUGUCAUGCGCGUCGGCUUCCAGCUGCGGCAAGCUAUGGUGGCAGCGGUGUUCAGCAAGUCGUUGCGGCUGAGUCACAGUGGCAGGCAGGGCUUCAGCACGGGGCGCAUCACCAACAUGAUGACCAACGACGCUGAGUCGCUGCAGAUGGUGUGUCAGCAGCUGCACGGCCUCUGGUCCGCGCCUAUGCGAAUCCUCGUCUGCAUCUUCCUGCUCUACCAGCAGCUGGGGGUGGCUUCGCUCCUGGGCCUGCUCAUGCUGCUACUCAUGAUCCCUGCCCAGGCGGUGAUAGUGAAUAGGGUACAGAAACUAGUCAAAGCCUCUCUGCAGCGCAGCGACAAGCGAGUCGCGCUCAUGAGUGAGGUGCUGGCAGCCAUGGACGUCGUAAAGUCGUACACGUGGGAGGAGAGCUUUCAGGGCAAGGUGGCGCGGGUCCGAUCGGACGAGAUGGGGCAGAUCUCCAAGGCGCAAUACAUCAUGGCGAUCAACUUUCUGCUGAUGAGUGUGGUGCCGGUGCUGGUGACGGUGGUGUCAUUCGGCUGCUACUCGCUGCUGGGCCACCAGCUCACAGCCGCCAAGGCCUUCACCUCCAUCUCCCUCUUCGCUGUGCUGCGCUUCCCCCUUUACAUGUUCCCCAACCUCAUCACUCAGGUGGUGAACGUGAACGUGUCUCUCACUCGCCUGCAGGAGAUGCUACUGGCAGACGAAACAGACAUUGACGCCCCUGCGCCUCCCAUCGACCCCGCCAAGCCGGCAGUCGAGGUCUCCCAUGCCUCCUUCGCCUGGAGCGCUGCUACUGGCGCUAAUGGUGCUGCCGCUAAUACGCCUGGUGGUGCUGCUGGGGGAGGGGGUGGAGGAAUUGGAGGGGGAGAAGGCAAGGAGAAGGGUGGAAUUGGGGGAGACGGGAAGGAGAAGGACGUGGGGGGCACUCUAACGGAUGUGACUCUAUCGGUGGAGCCUGGGAAGCUGGUGGCUGUUGUGGGCGCCACAGGGCAAGGCAAGUCGUCGCUGGUCAGUGCGUUGCUGGGUGAGAUGCCCAUGGUGUCAGGGGACUCUCCUCCAAUCAUCAGAGGCCGCGUGGCCUAUGUCUCGCAGGUCUCCUGGAUCUUCAACGCCACAGUACGCGAGAACAUUCUUUUCGGGCUGCCCUACGACCGGCAGCGGUACGAGCGGGCAGUGACAGUGAGCGCCCUGGAGAGAGACCUGCAGCUGCUGCCAGGGGGGGACCUGACGGAGAUAGGCGAGAGGGGCGUGAACGUGAGUGGGGGGCAGAAGCAGCGCAUCAGCAUCGCCAGGGCGGUCUAUUCUGACGCCGAUGUGUUCUUCUUCGAUGAUCCGCUCUCUGCCCUCGAUGCGCACGUUGCCAAGCAGGUGGGCUGA